CGAUACUCCCAUCUCCGUUUUGGAUCAAAGCUUGGGCCAAUCUGAGACAACCCAAACAAGCAGAUUUUCCCAGUUUCCCGUAGCACAAGAAAACUGAAGAAAAAGUAGAAAUCAACCCUUUUUCCUCCUUAUAUUUCAGUUUGCUUUGCUUUGCUGCAUCUUAUUCUCACUUCACCUCUCUUUUUUUUUUAAUUGUCUGGAUCAUCGGAAAGGUUCUCUUCUCAACCUCAGUUUUGUUUUCGCUUUUGCGGUUUUAAUAUUUUGAAAGCAUUUAUUUUCUUCACUUAGGAAAUUAAAGAACCAAUCAUGAAGCUUGACACCAGCGGACUAGAACCGGCUGCGCCUGUCUCGGGUGCUCCCAGUGAACUUGUUGAUGGGUUUUCGGCUGCUCCGUCGUUCGAUCUCCCAAACACUACUGAUUUUGAUGGGUUUCAAAAAGAAGCUAUCCAGAUGGUAAAACCUGCUAAGGGUACCACCACGCUUGCUUUCAUCUUUAAGGAAGGUGUCAUGGUUGCCGCUGAUUCUAGAGCUAGCAUGGGAGGCUAUAUCUCUUCACAGUCAGUGAAGAAAAUUAUUGAAAUCAAUCCUUACAUGCUUGGAACAAUGGCUGGAGGAGCUGCUGACUGCCAGUUUUGGCACAGAAAUUUAGGCAUCAAGUGCCGGCUACAUGAAUUAGCAAACAAGCGUAGAAUUUCAGUUACAGGGGCUUCAAAACUGUUGGCAAACAUUCUCUAUUCUUACCGAGGAAUGGGACUUUCAGUUGGAACCAUGAUUGCUGGAUGGGAUGAAACGGGCCCUGGACUAUAUUAUGUGGACAGUGAAGGGGGAAGGUUAAAAGGAAUGCGUUUCUCUGUUGGAUCUGGUUCACCAUAUGCUUAUGGUGUGCUGGAUAAUGGCUAUCGGUAUGAUAUGUCUGUUGAAGAGGCUGCAGAGUUGGCCAGAAGAGCUAUUUAUCAUGCCACAUUCCGAGAUGGAGCCAGUGGUGGUGUUGCCAGCGUUUACUACGUGGGACCAAAUGGGUGGAAGAAGCUAUCUGGUGAUGAUGUUGGAGAACUUCACUAUAAAUACUAUCCAGUGAUGCCAAGCACAGUGGAACAGGAAAUGGUUGAAGUAGGUGGGGCAUAAAUGGGAUCUACUCAACCUAGGCCAAGUUGAUAAGAUGGAUGAAUGGGAUAUAUUCUUAUAUACAAUGAAUACUUGGCCUUAAAAGACAAUGUGAUGAUGUUGAGUUUGUUCUUUGAUGUUGAAAAUUUUAAGGAAUCUCGGGUUUUAGUAAUCCCAACAUUUGAAAUAUUCAGUGUUAAUGUGUAGGGUCAUUUGGCUUGGGAAAUUUGUUAAGUGGUGUUUCCGGUUUCAAUUAAAGCUUGGUUGUUUCCUGCAAAA